UGGAUGGUGGCUGCCCCCUCGGGGAGCCCGCGCAGACAUGGCGGAGAGCUGGCUGCGCCUCGCGGGGAGCGGGCCUGCGGAGGAGGGCGGCCCUGAGGAGCCCGACGCCCUGGAUGACAGCUUGACCAGCCUGCAGUGGCUGCAGGAGUUCUCCAUUCUCAGCGCCAAGGCUCCCACCCUGCCCCUGGGGGCCGCCGACCCCCGGGGCUACCACCACGUCCCAGGCUCGGCCGCGCCGGGGUCCCCCCUGGCCGCUGACCCCGCCUGCCUGGGGCCGCCACACACGCCGGGCAGGCCCACGUCGUCGUGCACGUCCAGGAGCGCGCCCCCGGGGCUGCAGGCUCCGCCCCCCGACGACGUGGACUACGCCACCAACCCGCACGUGAAGCCGCCCUAUUCGUACGCCACGCUCAUCUGCAUGGCCAUGCAGGCCAGCAAGGCCACCAAGAUCACGCUGUCGGCCAUCUACAAGUGGAUCACCGAUAACUUCUGCUACUUCCGCCACGCCGACCCCACCUGGCAGAAUUCCAUCCGCCACAACCUAUCGCUGAACAAGUGCUUCAUCAAAGUGCCCCGGGAGAGAGACGAGCCUGGCAAGGGGGGCUUCUGGCGCAUCGACCCCCAGUACGCCGAGCGGCUGCUGAGUGGAGCCUUCAAGAAGCGGCGGCUGCCCCCUGUCCACAUCCACCCGGCCUUCGCCCGCCAGGCCACGCAAGAGCCCAGCGCUGCCCCCUGGGCCGGGCAGCUGACCAUCAACACAGAAGCCCAGCAGUUGCUGCAGGAGUUCGAGGAGGCAACAGGGGAGGCGGGCUGGGCAGGGGGCGAGGGCAGGCCAGGCCACAAGCGCAAGCAGCCGCUGCCCAAGCGGGUGGCCAAGGUCCCGCGGCCUCCCAGCACCCUGCUGCUGACCCAGGAGGAGCAGGGUGAGCUGGAGCCUCUCAAAGGCAACUUUGACUGGGAGGCUAUCUUCGAGACGGGCUCGCUGGGCGGGGAGCUGGGCUCCCUGGAGGCCCUGGAGCUGAGCCCGCCGCUGAGCCCCGCCUCCAAUGGCGACGUGGACCUCACUGUCCACGGCCGCCACAUCGACUGCCCUGCUACCUGGGGGCCCCUGGUGGAGCAGGCUGCCGACAGCUUGGACUUUGACGAGACCUUCCUGGCCACGUCCUUCCUGCAGCACCCCUGGGACGAGAGUGGCAGUGGCUCCCUGCCCCCAGAGCCACUCUUUGAGGCCGGGGAUGCCACCCUGGCUGCCGACCUGCAGGACUGGACCAGUGUGGGUGCCUUCUUGUAAGAGUCCAGGCCCCACCCCACCUCCAGACAGUGCCCAGAACUGCCCCCCAGCACAGACCCAUGGCUGCCCCAUCGCCCAGGCAAAGGCUGUGCUGGGUCCUCCGAGGCUGGCCCAGAG